AUGAUGUCCGGUGAGGCUAUGAGGGAAGGGAGAGCGGUGGCAGCGAGGCGUGGGAGGAGGUCGGGCGGCGCGAAGUCCAGGAGGGCGAGCGCGGCAUCGAGGCGCGACACGGAGAGGAUCGACGCGAGGAGGGCGGGGAGCAAGGCGGCCGGGGAUGGGCAGGAGAGCGCGAACGGGAGGAGCUCGUCGAGGAGCGUCGGGGAGCCUGCGGCGAGCGCGCGGAGGAGGGCGGGGAAGUUGGAGGCGAUGAGCAGGGAGGACGGGGAGCGGCAGCGGCGCCGCGGGCAGCAGCGCGGCCGGCAGGUGCGGCGUGGCAAGGAGGUCGGUCGCAAGGCCGGUGGCGAGGAGCGCGUCGGUGAGGCUGGAGAGCAGCGGGCGGCCGCCGCGGUCGAAAGCAGACAGCCGCGGAUGGCAGCGGCCAGCCCCCACGCAUUCCAGAGAUUGUAG